AACCGCAAAGUAAUAGAGUAAACAAUACAAUCAUGGGUGAACUUGGAUUAACCAACUUUCAAGACAUUGAAAUGUUAGAAAUCCCAGAAGAUGAAGACAUUUCCGUUUCUUCUGAUACCGAAGGAAUUUCUGGUUCCAAUACACCCGAUGAAUCAAAUUUAACCACCAUGUUUAAAUCAAACAAGGAAUAUAUCGAACUCUCACAAUGGUUAAAGACGGAUGAGGAAUUACAGUUCCAAUUUGAUUCCAAUCAAUAUGAUCACAGUCUUAAACCUACCAGUGAGUUUGAAUUUGCAUUUAUAGAGUAUACCAAGUCAUUAUACAAACUUGUGGAUAAAUUGACGAAAGAUGUCGCCGAGCAAGAAAAGGAAGAAGAAGAAGAAGAGCCAAUUGGCGUGAUCACUGCUGAAAGAAGCAUUUACAAGCUAGUCAAUCUGCCCGGAUUGAAAAUUGAUGAAGCAUUUCAAGAAAUUGUUGAACAGUUAAAACAGUUGAUUCAAGUUACCGGAGAAAGUAGACUGGAGGAAGCAUCCAAGUUACAGCAUUUUCUAUUCAUAUUACAAUGUUUAGGAGCAAACUACUUCUAUUUUGACAUUAAGAGAAAGCCUGAAUUGGUUUUAGAAUGGGUCAACACAUUUCACCCUAAGCCAGAUCUAGAACUAACUGAAACAAUCAUGAUCUCCAAUCCUGAACCAUACUCCCAUCCCCAAUUCUGGAACGUAUAUAUGGCACAAUUAAUAACCAGAGGGUUAUUCACACAAGCUACACAAGCUAUUGAACACAGUCAAUAUGAUCAAUUGGAAGAAUCAUGCCCGGAAUUAUAUUCAAUUAUUUCCGAUUUAGAUACCUUAUUAGCAGAUUAUUCUUCAUUUGCCCUCAAGGGACAAUUCCCACAGUGGAAGUUAUUAGCUUGUGAAUUCAGAGAUUCAUUAGCCAAUGUCAAGAUUGAUGAUGCCAAAUAUGGUAUUAUCUUGACGCAAAUUUAUGACUUAGCCAGCAUAAUUUCAGGUCUUCCCAAGACUAUUUCCCAAUACUGUGAUACCUGGUAUGAAGUAUAUCUUGCUCUCGCAUUGUACAAGGUCAGAGAUGACGAUGAUUUAUUCCCUGAGUAUUUCCAACAAGCUAUAAACGAGAAAGUGCCUCCACAAUACACAAACUCUUCAUUGGAAGAUAUUAGUGAUGGUUGUUACCUUGAUAUUCUUGAACGAAAUUUCCUCAAGAUGCUAAAGACAAUGCACGAAUUAGAACCAACUACUACUGCAUAUAUCGCUCAACUUUUAGAAUUAAAGGGCCUUCUCCAAGGCUAUUACAAUAUUCCACAGACUAUUCGUUUGACUAACAAGACUAUAUCUGAAUAUUUCUUGGUCAGACAUGCCUACGAACUGUUGAAUAUCCAUGACUUGGUUCCUGUUGGACUUGGAAUUUUACUAAACAAUUCAAUUUGUCGUAGUUCAUAUUCACACAAUAGAGAUGUGAUUGGUGACUUCUUGCCAGAAUAUCAAUGUCGAACCAAUGAUGAUUUGGAAUGGGCAUUGACUAUAUGUGCUCAAUUAAAUUUGAUAACUGCAGCAAAACGAUUAUAUUACAAUUAUGGGUUAAAAUCAUUAGACGAAGGAUAUAUUUAUGAAUCAUUAAACAAUUUUGUUCAUUGCUAUGAUUCAACCGGUGGUGAAAUUCAUCAAGAAGCAAUGGAAAAGGUUCAUUUCAUUAUAUGGGAUUUGAUCUUCCUUGAUUCAAUAACUAACAAUAGACCAUUCCAGGAUGAACUAAUAAAUAAUUUGGUUACCAAAUCAGUAGCUACCACUGUCGAUAUGCAUCCUGUCAUUCGCCAAUGUCUUGCUCCUUAUGCUGUAUUGAAAGCUUUCUUUGAUAGCUUGGAGGAUGACCUGAUUAAGUUCAGUGUCAAGUUGUCUAAAUUGUUACAUUUAUUACGUUUCAAUUACAUGCCAAAGAAGUUCAUGCCAUUGUUAUUAAGUCAAUUCUUGCCAUUUUUGACAAGACCAAGCUCGGAAUUUUUGUUACCUGACUUAGUAGUAAUGGUUGAAGUUAUCGAUAAUUUUGAAAAUGAAACUAACGAAGAGGAGUUGAAAGAUGCUGCUGAUUUAUACGUGUACUGUAUAAAUCACUUUGAAGAGGAGAGCACUCUGUAUGAUUGGAGAAGGAUCGUGAAAGAUGUACCUUCUGACGUCAGCAGUCUUACCAAAACAUUAAGAAACCAAAUUGCAGCUAGAAUUGCAAAAGUUUAUGUACAGUAAGUGUAUAAUGUAUAAUUGUAAUAUUGAUUUAUACAAAUGGGAUAACGUCUAUGACUUCCCCAUAAAGGAACAAAGCAAAUAUAUAUAAAAAUGCGGAAACUGUGAUUUUUAGUUAACUUAACAAGUAACAUCUUGAGAAGCUCUAGAGUUCAAUAAUAAGGCAACAAUCAAACCAUAUAACCCUAAAACUUCAGCGAAAAUCAAAAUCAAAAUCAUACCAACGAAUAAUCUUGGUUGUUGUGCAGUACCUCUAACACCGGCAUCACCAACAAUACCAAUGGCAAAACCAGCAGCUAAACCGGAUAAACCAACGGAUAAACCAGCACCUAAUUGAAUGAAACCGGUGUAUAAAGCUUGUUUUUGAGCCAAGGAGUCGGAAACCAAGACGGAAACGACUAAACCAUAAAUGGCAAUAAUACCAGCCAUAACAACUGGAACAACAUUCUUAACUAAUAAAUCUGGUCUGGUGACACAGGUGGCACAAAUACCAACACCGGAUUUAGCAGUACCGUAAGCAGCACCAAAACAGGUGAAGACAAUGGCAGAUGCACAACCGAUAGAACCAAAGAAUGGAGCAUAAACUGGACUAAAUCAGACAUCUUUAGUUAUUAUAUGUUAUUGAAUUAAACUUGAUGGUUAUAU